AUGUACAACUUCAGCCCCCAAAGAUACUUCGAUGUUGUCGCGGCUCCACUGGCCUUUUUGGGGCUCAUGUGUGACUCAUAUGUCAUUGUUCACCGCCGCGAACGCGCAAUCGAGGCCCGCGAUGUCCUUAUCAACAGUUGGGCAGCUGUGAAGAUGUCCCUGAUCGCCAUCGAGCAGCCAAAGAAGCUCAAAGAGAACAAGGAAAGCCUCAAGGUUGUCAUAGAAGGCUUCGAUAACCUCGAAAAGGAAUGGGGUGCUCUGAGCAACGAAGAGGCGAUGGCUGAGACUGUGUAUAAGCUGUCGCUCGAAAGAGAGAAUGCCGCGGAAUCAGAUAAGCUGAACAUCCAGCUCAGAACUCUUCGAAGUACGUUGAAUGUCAUGCGCAGUCUGGAGUCUUAUUGA